GACCUCAUUGCGUCCACUGCCGACGUAAUGACGUGGCAUGUAAGCGCCGUGCAGUGUUGUUAUCCAGUAGCUUUAGCUGUUUGAGGCAGUAAACUCCAGUAAUUAAUCAGUAUCUUUAUCAUUUAACGUCCUUCAGUCCGGUAUAAACUAAAGGAGAAAGUCCGGGUACCUGUCGAGACUCUGCUUUUGUUUGAACGAGACCACUAAACCUGGUAAGUGAUGGUGAACGGACAAACUCACACAACAUGACGAAUCCCCUUUAACAUUUUCAAAGUACAACUUAAAACUGUUUGUGCACGUGGUUAAUAUUUUAUUUUUCUUAAACGGAGAUAUUUUCCCGAAUCCGAAGGACCUUAAAAUCAAUUCGGCUCGGAAAUAUUUCACAAUGCUACAACAGAAUAUAAUGUUACACCGAUUUAUCUGGUUAUCUUUAGGGAUUGGUGAAACCCUCUGCGACGGGGCCGACGAUGACUUCGAGAAACAACUGGCUGCUUAAAAAAAGCCUUUAACUAAAAAAGAGAUCAGUUUUAGACAUUUUUUUCUAUGCCGAAUUGUGAGAAACACUCUGAAGAUUGUAUCUUUGUCUUUAUUUGUUGUCUAUGAAUUACACAUCUUCUCUGACCUUCCCGUAAUUAUUUAUUCUCGUGUUUUAUUUUUGGAGUCUUGCAAAUGUGCCAAACCUUCGUGUGUUCGGCUGGAUUAAAUAAAAUGAUUUAAUAUUAAUAAAAUUCUUUAAAGUCAAAUUUAAAAUCUCACUUUUACAGACUUGAUUUUAUGUGAUAAUUUCUUUUACCUCUUUUAUCUUAUUUUACUCUCUUUUUAUCUGUUGUUAAACUUGAACUCUUUUCUUAAUGAACCUUUUAGGCCUUUUAUUAUUUUAUCUCUCGUUCAUUUCUGUCGCUCUAUUUUAUCAUCACUAUUAUUAUCAGUAUUACCUGUUAUUAUUUUAUUAUCAUUAUUGAUAUUGGCUUUUAUAUUUAUGAUCCUGUUUCCACUUUCGACCCCCCCUUUAACAGCAUUUUCUUGUACAGGUUUCCAUGUUCUUUUGUGUCGUUUCCUCUCAUCUUGAACCUUUAUAACCUCCAUAAACAGGUUAGUUUGCAGAUGCAGGAGGUGGAGCAGCAGGAUGAAUAUCGGCUCCAAGAAUAAGAAGCGGGUGGUUCUGCCCAGCCGUCCUGACCCCCCCUCUGUGGACCAGAUCCUGGAGGACAUUAACAGAGCCGCUCCCAAUGACCCGGUCUUCAGCAUCCUGGAGCAGACUGGACAAGGUGAACCCUCACCACCUUUACCGACGUGAUGCUCUGACACACAGACUGGGUCAUCUGGAGUUUGAGUCUUCGUUGUUUACGGAUCAGCUCUUGUCGUUUUUUCUGACUGUCUCUCUCUUCACUCCUCAGACUCGUCUCGGCCGGCCGACAGCGAGGUGGAGUCGCGGUUCCAGCAGUGUCGUCAGUACCUGGACCUGAACGAGCGGCUGCAGGAGGUCAGAGGUCAGCUGCUGAAGCAGAGGGAGGACUUGCGAGCAGCGGGGGAGCAGCUGGACAGAGACGUGGCGGAGGUCCAAGGUCAAACACUCUGACUCCUCCUCCUCCUCUCUGUGGGACUGUUGACUGACACUCUCAGAGCCGAGGACCCGCAGGCUCAGCUGGACCAGGUCCAAAACCACCAAAGUGCCCUUGAGCCCGACGCUGUUCAGAAACAGAAACAUGUUGUUGAUAUGAGCAGUAAGACGUGUGGAGGUUUAAUUCACCUGAGAGUGAACAGAAAGGUCAGCGAGAGACUUUGACUGAGCCUCUGUCUGUCCUCCUGAUGGACCGGUUCUGGUUCUGUUCCAUUUAUCGUCACUCCGCAGACAUUAAAGAGAGAAAACCGAACCUCGUGUCUGAGGAGUGAUGGAGACGGACUUCUGUUCCUGGUAGAUAAUAAAGUUUGUGAAUCAUUAAUUAUUGCAGGACGUGUUUCUAAUCAGGUUAAAGAUGGAAACAUAAAUGUAUUAUUUAAUACCUGUAGAUUUAGGAUAUUGAUUGAUUGAUUUAAAAUAUAAAAAAUAAAACAAGAAAAGUAAGUCGAAACAUUUAAAAAUAAAACAUAUAAAUACAUAUUUGAAAAGGAGUGAGAAGAAGAAUAACUCAUGAACUCUAACCUCUUCCGUUUAAAUAAGAAGUACCCACACUAAGCUUCCUGACAACUUGUUUAGAUGUUCCUGAUAAUUAAAGAUAAAGUAAAUUCAUGACUUUGUAUUACAAAAUAAAAUCUACAUCCUCUUAAUACAGAACAAACAUAAAAACAACAAAACAGAAUAAAACAAGAAAGAAACGAAAACCUCAGAACACUCAGUGCUCCCCAUCACCUCCCUCAUCCCUGUACCUCCUCUUCUUUAUAAUCGUGUCUUUAUUCCUCUUUUUAAACUCUGUAAACAUGUUUGAACUUUAACUUAAACCUCUUCCAAAAACUCUUCCUCUCUGUCUGAAUUAAAGUGAAUUUUUCCCCUUAAAUUAUAACGUCCCUCACACAGACUGAAUCAUUUUUAGCUGUAAACAUUAUUUCAGCUGUUUGAUAUUCCUCAGUGUCUUAAAUAUAACUUAAUAAUACUUCAUAUAAAUAUUUGAAUGAACUACAAAAGUGUAUUUUUACAGAUGUUUGAGGCCGUUUUUUAUUACAGCAGAAUCACAACAUGAGCUGAAUUUAAGAGGAAAACUUUUUCAGUUUCUGUCCAAUAAUGUGUGAAGAUGAUGAAACUUUGAUCCGUCUUCACUUUUUAGUGUUUGUCUGAUUUCUAUUUUCUGUUUCCACACAAACAGACGUGAGGUCUGAUCUAGAUUAUACUCUUUAUUUUAUAAACAGUUUCUGUCAGGAAACGUCUGAAGAAAACUUUGACUGGAAACAUUAUCCAGCCUCCUCAGAGCAGAUUUAACCCCCCAAACAUUUACUGAUCAAAUGAGAGUCAGUCUGCAGAGUUUUGGACCAAACUGUGACUUUUUUAUUAAAUUCUGUGACAGACUGGUGUAUAAAUAUAACAUCUGAUAUAAAAAAGAAAUCUCAUGAUAGAAGAAGAAGAAGAAGGUGUUCUUCUCGCUGGAUUCUGUGAUGAUGAUGAGGAAAACCUCCGCUCUCUGAUCCUCCUCCUCCUCUUCCUCCUCCUCUUCCUCCUCCGCUGUUAUCUGAACAACUUAAAAAAAAACAAAAAAACAGGAAAUCACAAACUUACCAUCAGAGUGUUUGAACUUUAAACCAGCUGACUGCACAUGCUCAGAUCAGUUCGCUAAAACAGAGACACACAAACACCAUCACCACCACGUCUGAGCAGCACUGUCGUUGUUGUUUGUGUCGUGAUAUUUCAGAAGCUGAUAAUCAGGUUUAAAAGAUCAGAGAAGAUGAUCUGAUGCUAAAGUGUGUGUGUGUGUGUGUGUGUGUGUGUGUGUGUGUGUGUGUGUGUGUGUGUGUGUGUGUGGCAGCAGAUGGAGAGCUAACAGACUUGCUACACGCUAACUCUCCUCACAUUGACAUGUUCGUGAAAAACCAGCUGACUUACCGAGCCGACUAACCCAGGAAAGGCUGGAACAGGAAACAGGAAGGACAGCCGGGUUAGUGUCGCACUGUGGCGGAAAGUUUAGACAUUUUCUACGCUAACAUGUCUCCGGUCAGCAAUAUUUUUUUUUCGUUGGAUGGUAGGGGAUGGUCCCGCCUCCUUGGCCUCUGAUUGGCUGUGAAACAUCCUCACGCGCAUAAGGCGAGUGUGGUCUGUCGGCUCUUUACAUCGAACAGAAGAUUACAGAACAUGAUCACAAUUCUCAGUAUCUUAAUACUGCGUUCGAGUUUCCUCAGAAGUCAGAUGCAAAACAAAAUCGGAGGAAACAAGAUGGCUACAUCUACCAAAGUUAUUUUAUCGCUUGCCUCAUAUUCGCAGGUGCUUGAAUAACUUUGGUAGAUUUAGCCAUCUUGUUUCCUCCGAUUUUUCUUUUUUCCGACUUGGUAACUAAAACGCUGAGAACUCGUGUGUGACGUCAUUUUCAGCUCUGAUAUCUGACUUCUGAGGAAACGCGAACACAGUAUUAAUUUCCUAACUUGACAGACGAUGACGUUUCACAGCCAUAAGGUAUAAUCAAUCGGAGCCCAGUACUUCUAGCCAAUCAGAGGUAAAGGAGGCGGGGCCUUCACCUACCAUCCCGUUUUAACCCUUUCCUCCCUGGAACGUUAGAGCUCCGGUCUCGUACUAACCUCUGACAUACAGACUGGAAACAGACAGUCCUGGUCCUCUGCUGUUAAACACUGAAGACCAUCACUGACCUGAGUUCAGCUUUCAGUAAAAUACUCAAAUAAAAUUUAAGAUUAAAA